AUGGCGUUGGGUUCUAGCGCACCACCAGCCAAGAAGAGGAAGGCGGCCGCAUCUACGGAUGAGGCGGAGAGCUCGUCGGCUGCUGCGGCGCGCGCCGAGCAGCCGGAGAAGCGCGCAUUGAGGGAACGCGCGAAGUGUCCCGUCGCCAUUGCACAGCGCUCCCAACGCGUCAUGUCGCAGCGUAUGUUCAUGGUCGACCGAGAGGACACCGGCUCGGCGGAGAACCUAGCAUCAGUCUUCAAAGUGCUCGGCUCAACAGGCAACGUCUACACCGUCGAGAUCUCCCACCUGCCCAGCUGCGACUGCCCCGACUUCGCGAAGGGUAACUCGCCCUGCAAGCACAUCAUCUUCAUCUUCCUCAAGGUGCUCAAGGUACCCCUGGGCAGCACAGUGUGGUACCAGCGCGCGCUGUUGACGAGCGAGCUGCGCGCCGUCAUGGAUGCCGUGCCCGCGGCGGCCGACGUGGCCGUCGCGCCGAGGGUGCGCGCGGCGUUCCUCAAGGCCACGGGGUCAACGCGAGUUGAGGAAGAGGCACCAGCCGAGCCAGAGGACAAGAGCGCGGAUGACGAGGGCAAGCGCCUCUCCUCGAUCGGCGAGGACUGCCCAGUGUGCUUCGAGGAGAUGAGCGAGGCAGAGCACGCCGCCAACGGGCUAGUCUUCGACCUCUCCGACGGGGGGUGCGGCAAGCCCCUCCACGCGCAGUGUUUCGCCAUGUGGUCACAAACAGCCCGCGCAAAGUCAGCGCCCGCCACCUGCGUGUGGUGCCGCAGUGCGUGGAAGGCGACACCGAAGCCGAACGCCGACGCCGAGGUCGGAUACUCUGGCGGAUACCUCAACCUCGCCGAGCUGGCUGGCGUCUCGCGCGAGCGCGAUACCUCGUCGUAUUACCAGGGGAUUAAUUGGAGGAAGCGAAACCGCGACUAUGACUAGUGUAACCAUUCAACCUUUCAACCAUG